GUCGCGUGGAGAAACGAAAAACCCAGAAGACGAGAGAAGAAGACGAAGAAGAGCAAGCGAGAAUGGGGACGAUCUCUGGCGGCUUGCGAUCUCUUCCGAUCAGGCGAGUCCUCUCCCAGUUCGUCUCCCUUGGUUUGAUUGCUACCUCGGCGCUGAUGAUUAUGAAGGGUUUGCAGUGCGUCAGUGCCAGCAAAACACCCGCGGUAGUUGUUCUUUCAGAGAGUAUGGAGCCGGGGUUCAAAAGGGGUGAUGUUCUAUUAUUACACAUGAGUAAAGACCCAAUUCGUGCAGGUGAAGUUGUUGUGUUUGAUGAUGGACGCCCAAUUCCAAUUGUCCAUCGUGUAAUUGAGCUCCACGAGCGGAGGAACAACAAAACCCUUGAUCUUUUAACAAAAGGUGAUAACAAUCCUCUUGACGACAGAGUUCUUUAUGCUCCGGGCCAACUUUGGCUACAUGAGCAUCACAUAAUGGGACGAGCUAUAGGGUUUGUGCCUUAUGUUGGAUGGAUCACCAUUGUUAUGACAGAAAAAGCAUUUACCAAGUACUUGAUCAUCGGUGGGUUGUGUUUGUUAGUUUUAUUCUCUCAGAAAUAGAAAUGCGCUUGGGAUUGGCAACCAUAGUCAGCAUAACUCAUCAAGGAUAAUUUUUUUUGUUUCUUUUUUUUCUUUUAAAUACCAUUGCCAGUGUAAUCUUUUCUCAUAAAAAUUCAAAUGCUUAGACUAUUCACAUAUAUAUGUAUAAAUAUGUAUAUUUUGUGCUUAUUUGCUUUACAAUGACUUGACUGGUUCCAGA